GACCGUGCGCCUGCGCGCUCCCCGGGCCCGCGCCUCGCCCGCGCGCGCCGGCGGCCUGCGUCUCGGCCCGAAAGUUGUGGGCCCCGGGAGGAAGUUGAGCCUGCGGGGCUCAACGCUCGGAGAAAGCGGCCCCGCAGGCUGCGGGGGUCCGGGUGGCCAUGGAGGAGCCCCCUCUGCGAGAGGAGGAGGAGGAGGAGGAGGAGGAUGACGACGAGGAGAGGGACGAGGCCGGGCCCGAGGGCGCGCUGGGCAAGAGCCCCUCGCGGCUGACCGCCGAGGACGUGUACGACAUCUCCUUCGUGGUGGGCCGCGAGCUGAUGGCCCUGGGCAGCGACCCGCGCGUGACGCAGCUGCAGUUCAAAAUCGUGCGCGUCCUGGAGAUGCUGGAGGCGCUGGUGAGCGAGGGCAACCUGACGGCCGAGGCGCUGCGCAUGGAGCGGGACAGCCUCAGGAAGGAGGUGGAGGGGCUGCGGAGAGAGGGCCCGCCCGCCAGCCGCGAGGCAAACCUGGGACCGGACAAGAUGGUGGUUGACCUGACGGAUCCCAACCGGCCGCGCUUCACCCUGCAGGAGCUGAGGGACGUGCUGCAGGAACGCAACAGGCUCAAGUCGCAGCUCCUGGUGGCGCAGGAAGAGCUGCAGUGCUACAAGAGUGGCCUGUUUCCACCAAGAGAAGUCCCAGGAGGAAGAGAAGAAAAAGAUGUUCUGGUUUCCAGGGCCAGCAGUGCCGGCAGGAACAAGGAAGAGAAGACAAUCAUAAAGAAGCUCUAUUUUAUUGGGAGCACACCACGUCCCGGGCGUUGUUCUGGGAGCUGCGGGGACAGCCGUGAACCAGACAAAGUCCCCACGUGGGGCUUAUGUUCUAGUACGAGAGUAAGAGGGUGAACAGCUGAAGACACACAUUAGCAGGAUAAGUUUAGACAGCCCUGAGCACUAUGAAGACAGUUAAAUACGGCCCUGGGAGGGAGGGAGAAAGAUAGGGGAGUACUUCAGUUUAGGGGAGUCCUGGAAGGCUUCUAUGGGGAGACGAUAUUCGAACACAGACCUGAAGGACAAUAGAAACCUGAAGGAAGGAAGUUCCUGGCAGAUGAGACAGUAGGGUGAAGGCCUGAGGCUGGAGGUGGCUCACAGGACAGAUCACGUUGGCAGGGGCAGGGAAGAGAGUGGAGGUGAGGAGGUAGGAGGGGCCACGUCACCCAGGGCCACAUGGAUCCCGGUGAGGACUUCGGGUUUUAUUCUAAGUGCAUCGGGAAGGCGUUGGAGGGUUUUAAGCUGAACGUUAUCUAUGUAUAAGAUACUCACUCUGGCUGCUUUGUGGACGAGGCUGGGGGAGCAGGGGAAAGCGGGGCCAGUGAUGGGGGUGUUUCUCCCCCAAGGAAGGGUCUGACAGUGUCAAUUUUCACUGGCUGAGUAUCUUGUUGUAAAUAAGGCUUCCAGAAGGCAUAAACCGGUUUCUUUCUGCCUCCUCCUAAGGGAGUUCUUUGGGUCACUUAAUAGGAAUUUGAGCCUAAUAUGGCAAAAAUGAAAUGUUCCGUGCACUUCCCGGCCUAAGGGCAGUGUUUAAUGAGCGUGAGGCCACACUUUCAUGGUCAGAUAAGCUUAUUUCGCUAAUGGGAAUGAAUGAAUGACUUUCUGAAGAAGUAGGCCACGCUGAGAAGGAUUUUCGUUUUCAUCCUGAGGACAGUGGGGAGCUGAGGAAGGGUUUGAGAGGAGGAAUGACUGUCACUUCUGCGCCGCG